AAGUUCUAAUUAUUCUUUAUUAUUUUUAAGGUAUUUCUUAGUGAUUUAUCACUGUCCUUUGUGUAAAAUAAGUGCCUUUUACCAGCGUAGGCAAAGCCUGCAAUCAUGGAUGCUUUAUACAACGAUUUAGAGAAUUACGAUGACGUUGACGCACUGAACAGGCUGAAAACUGAAAAUUCUGACCUGAAGAACAAACUAGAAUGUUGCACCGCGAACAUGCAAAAGUUGCAAAAAAGCAUUUUGCAGGAUUUUGAUAACCUGGAAGCAGAGUUCAAGAGGCUAGAAUCAAAUUAUUCUUCUCUGCUGAAAAUAUCAAGAGCUGAGAUAAAGAGGAAGACUGAUAUGAUUACAAAUCUUAAUAUUGAAAAAGACUUGUUAGUAAUAAAAGCAGUUCAAAAUGGGCCUGCACAUAAAGUCCAAGAGCUGAUAAGGAAUGUGCGUGAAGAAACUGAAUUCAAGCGCAAAAAGAAAACCCGCAACAAAGUGAGAGGUCCAAAAGGCAGGGAAGAAGUUAUAAGGAAAAAAAGUAGCCGCCCACAAUCGCCCGCAACUAGUUCCACUGCAACAGACAAGUCGUAUAAGAUGCUAGGCAACGAAAUAGUUGCCGAUAACGGCAAUAACAAGAAAUCUAGUAUAAUGGAUACACAAGAUAAUGACCUACAGAAACCACCUACACCUCAUGAGGUGUUCCCGGACAAUCGACCUUCAUCUUCCGUUGCGGACAAACGGGUCUCGGCAUUAUCUCGUCCCCAUCUUGCUAAGUUAAGCUCUGAUGAAGAAUUUGAAGAUAUGUAUUCUGCAUUGAAACCAAAAGCAUCUAGAGAACCUGAAAGAACCCGCAAAAGGGGUCGAGACGAUUCUCAAGAUGGGAAGAUGUUAUACAACAGUUCAUAUGAUAGGCCCUCAAACUGUACUGAUCCUUUUAGAGAACGAUUUAACAGAAAUAGAGCUGGCAGAUUUUCUGAUACUGAAAGAAUUACCAGAGAAAAACAGCAUAGUGAUCCCGGCAGAAAUAUCAACAGGGGUAAAUACCAUUAUGAUAGAAACAGAAAUGUGAGUGAUUUGCAACACCACAGGUUUAGUCCGGAAAGACAUCGUCGGGGCGCGAAAGAUGUCGGGGAUAAUCGUUACAACAGGACUAGGCGGUUGGAAAGCCCACCAAGGGAGAGGCAACGCUUGGAAAGCCCUCCUAGGGAGAGAUUACGCCUGGGAAGCCCUCCACAAGAAAGACAAGAAUUACGCAAAAGCUCGCCACGUCGAAAGUCCUACCACGGGCGGACGGGCGACAACCCAGAGAUACACUCGGUCAUACAUAACAUUCAUGGUGAAUAUGAAGAACCACAAAAUAAGAAACCUAGAAUUGAACCGUACCCUGUUCCUCAGGAAGAGAAAAGGCCAAGCGAAGAGCAGCAUCAUAAUGUAUCACAGCCUCCGAACGUGGGAAACCUCACAUGUUGGUCGCCAGAUUUUUCACACACGGAAUCUUCUAACGAACCCGGAAUUGCCCAGACUGAAACCAGAAGUACGCCUUCGCCUGUCGUUGAGGAUCCCAGGUUGAGCAGUGAAAGAUAUGCCAAUGCUAAUGAAAUAUAUUUGCAACCCGUUGACAUAUCUCUUUGGAACUUUAAGGAAGUAAAGGUGCCAAAAGCUAUAAAAUCUAAACCUUUAGAAAUCAGCGAAGCACACGUUGAUAAAAUUGAUAUAGAGAAACCUUUAUCUUCAAUAUCCAUGGAAUCUGGCGAAAUACGUUCUGAUACUGAAACAGCUUUGGAUAUUUAUGAUUUUCAAGAAUUUAAUAAACAAAUCGGUAAAAGUGUUCCUUAUAUAAACGAAAGUCAAAAACCUGAAAUUAAACCUCACAAAGAAAAAUCACCUACAAGUGCAAGUGAUACAUUAAUUAUGGGAACAAAAACUACAAGACUCAAAGUAGCAAAGAAGGAGAAGGCGAACAAUCAUAGAGAAGCUGAGUCAAUGGUGUCAACUUCUAAACAUAGUCAUAAAGUUGAUACAGCAAUGCAUUGUGACAACAUUAAAUUACCAAGCAUACUGCACACGCUGAUUAAUUCGAUGAAUGAAAAACGACCUGAAGGCGAUAAUUCUGUUAAGAACAGUAAGGGAGAAAAGGAACCCAAACAUAUCGCCGCAUCCAGGAUAUCUAAUAAGUCUGAAAAGUCAAAAGCAAAAAGUAAAGAUGACAGAGAAAAUCAAAAUGAAUCAGGCUUAAAGACUGAUAAAAACAAGGCAGAUAAACUUGAAAAAGGAUCGGAAAAAGAGCCUAACCGAAUCGCUGCAUACAGGACACCAAAUGAGCCUGACAAGUCAGGUUCCAAAGCUAGAGAUGACAGAAAAAAUCAGAACGACUCAGACUUAAAGAUUGACAACAACAAGACAGAUAAACUUGAAAAAGGAUCAGAAAAAGAGCCUAAACGAAUCGCUGCAUACAGGACACCAAAUGAGUCUGAAAAGUCAGGUUCAAAUUCUAGAGAUGACAGAAAAAAACAAAACGAUUCAGACUUAGAGACUGACAACAACAAGACAGAUAAACUUGAAAGAGGAUCAGAAAAAGAGCCUAAACGAAUUGCUGCAAUCAGGAUAUCCAAUAAGUCUGACAAGCUAGGUUCAAAAACUAGAGAUGACAUAAAAAAUCAAAACGAGCCAGACUUAGAGACUGACAGCAACAAGACAGAUAAACUUGAAAAAGGAUCAGAAAAAGAGCCUAAACGAAUCGCUGCAAUCAGGAUAUCCAAUAAGUAUGACAAACUAGGUUCAAAAACUAGAGAUGACAUAAAAAAUCAAAACGAGUCAGACUUAGAGACUGACAACAACAAGACAGAUAAACUUGAAAAAGGAUCAGAAAAAGAGUCCAAGCGAAUCGCUGCAAUCAGGAUACCAAAUAAGUCUGACUAUUUAGGUUCAAAAACUAGAGAUGACAUAAAAAAUCAAAACUUAGACUUAGAGACUGAAAAUAACAAGACAGAUGAACUUGAAAAAGGGUCAGAAAAAGAACCUAAACUAAUAGCUGCAUACAGGAUACCAAAGAAGUCUGAUAAGUCAGGUCCAAAACCUAGAGAUCACCAAGAAAAUCAUAACGAGUCAGACUUAGAGACUGACAACAACAAGAGAGAUAAACUUGGAAAAAGAUCAGAAAAAGAACCUAAACGAAUCGCUGCAUACAGGAUACCAAAUAAGUCUGACAAAUCAGGUUUAAAAACUAGUGAUGACGCAGAAAAUCAAAACGAGUCAAACUUAGAGACAGACAACAACAAGACAGAUAAACCUGAAAAACGAUCAGACAAAAUACCCAAAAGAAUUACUGAGUUGCAGUUGUCAGGUAAGACAGAAAAAGAAAGCUUAAAAACUACUGAUAAAAUGCUACAUAAAAAUGUGCCUGAAGUCAAGAAAACGGAUAAUCUUGAAAAAGUAACCGAAAAAGGUACAGAGAAGGAGAUCAAACGCAUCGCAGAGUCGAAGGUAUCCGAUAGAAAUGAGAAAGCAAGUUUAAAAACAAAUGAAAUAGAACAUAAAAAAGUCAAAGAAAAACCUGUAAAAGGAACUGAAAAUAACGUAACAGUAUUUCGCGAAUUUGAACAUAGAGUUUACUCCAGGCAUAUUGUCGAAGGCGAUCUAGAGCUAAGCGAUGAAAGUAAUGAUGAAGCACAACUUGAAUCAGAAGAUAAAAUCGAGGAGAAAAAAAAGAUAUCCUCCAAAAGCAAAUCUCUUCGAGAGACAUACAAAGAUAAGAGAGUCAAUUCGGAAGAAACAACUAGGAAAGAUAAGCAGAAAGAAAGAAAGUCCAUGAACAAAUUUAGUGAAUUGUUUGGUGACAGCAGUAGUUUGAUAACUCCGGAGGACCUGAACGUCGCCACUCGCACGGCGCACGGGCUGCCGGCCGACUGCUGCCCGCCCGCCGCCGAGGAGGCGCAAGAUGCUAUCAUUGAACCUGAAAGUCCACUCAAAGCACAAUCGACAGAAAUGUACCCUAAAGACUUUAAAGAAAGUUUAGCAAUGUCCACUGUUGAUGAAGAUAAAUUAAAAAUCAAAGAACUCAAAGAUAGAACUCGUACAAAACAUAAACAAAAUAAGGAUGAUUACGUGGAACAGGUCGGUGACGUAAGGACACAAGUAGUUACUAUUACUGAAACUUGUUCAGUGUCAGAAGGAAAUCUUAUGUCAAAUACAAGUAAUUAUACAAACCAAAGGGAAGUUUCAAAACUGAAUGAAAAAGUUAAGGAGUCGUCAAAAAGUAACAAAAGACCUAAAACCAAAGGUGAAAAGAAAUUGUCAGUUAGUGAACACACGGAAGAGAUGAAUACCAAUAACAUUAAUAUCUCGGAGCUAAAUUCAAACAACUCUCCAACUAUGAGCGAUGAUAAAGAGAAUUCUAGCAGCAAUUGUAACUCGGAAAGAAAUAUCAGUAACGAAAUGGCAAGAAUUUUUGAGAAUCCAAUAGUCUCUAGUAAAAUAUCGUCGACCAAUGCCAGCGAGACUAAUAAGGAAAGGCCACAAUUAAAUGACUCUACAAAAGAAAUCAACUAUGGUAGUGGUGUUCAAGAUGUUCCAAACCUGGCUCCAGUAGAAGAAGAACCGGGAUUAGUGACAACGGUUGUGAUAUCAACGGGUGUUCAGCCUAUAGAUUCAACCUCAGCGCAGUAUAUUACGCCAUUCAGUGCUCUGGCCUCAUCUACUCCAGCCAGGGAUUUAUCUGCUAUAAAUAUUUCCUCCGAAAUGGAGUCAAAUGUCAGCCACUCGGCACAAGUAAGUGUGACGAUAUCUAGAGAUGAUUCAGGCUCUCAGCCUGAAGAUGUACCUGAUAUGAGAAUAACUUGUUACAGAAGACGAAGAAGAGUGCUAAAGAAAUAAUUUGUUGGGAUUAAGUUUGUAAAUAUUUGCGUUAUAUUAACAGAUA